UAACCUCUUCUAACAUUUUGUAAAGGAACUGUAAGAUAAGUGGAUUUAGCCUACUGGAUCAACUAAAAUAGUAAUACUGCUGCGUCACUUUUAUUAGAUCCUGCAUGUUUGCCACGAAGUCAAAUAUAUUUCGAUUAGUCUUAUCAAGAUCGAGUUUAUACAUCCGCUCUCCUAUCGGUUCGUUUUUAUCAAAUUCUGCUGGCAAAGGAUUGAAUCAUAAAAAAAUGGCACUUUCAGACGAAGAUGCGAAGAAAGCUUGUGUACCCGCACCACCAGAAACAGAGGGAUUCUUCUUCCAGCAGACAAUGGUUAGAAUUAAAGACCCCAAGAAGUCACUUGAUUUUUACUCGAGAGUAAUGGGCAUGACGUUGUUGUUAAAAUUAGAUUUUCCAUCAAUGGACUUUUCUCUCUACUUUAUGGGCUAUGAAAACCCAGCUGAUGUUCCUUCUGAUCCUAAAGAACGAGCCAAAUUUUGUUUUUCUAGAAAAGCUACACUAGAACUUACACACAAUUAUGGGACUGAAAAAGAAGAGAAACAAGUUUAUCACAAUGGUAACUCUGAACCAAGAGGCUUUGGUCACAUAGGCAUUGUGGUGCCAGAUGUUUAUAAAGCAUGUGAGAGGUUUGAGCAGCUGGGUGUACCUUUUAUCAAGAAACCUGAUGGAGGUAAAAUGAAGGGUCUGGCAUUUAUUCAAGACCCAGAUGGCUAUUGGAUUGAGAUCCUUAACCCAGUAAACAUGGCAGGGAGUGUGUAGCAGCUCAUGUGUCAACUGUUUCUGUUGUGUGUUCAUCAACUACAAGUGUGUAACAUUCUGGCAUGGUAUGCAACCGGUCAGAAGUAUUAUUAUCUUAAUCUUCCUGCGUAUUGAAUUAAAUGACCUGAAUUUAUGUUUGAAAAUUAUAUGCAUUGAUUAAAUAACAUACCUAUACAUUG